GGGCCCGCCCCGCCCUCUGCCAUGGCGGCCGAGAGCGGCAGGCAGUUCUGGAAGCGGAGCGCCAAGCUGCCGGGCAGCAUUCAGCCUGUCUAUGGAGCACAGCAUCCUCCACUGGAUUCCCAGCUCACCAAAAACUUCAUCAGGGACCGCUCCAAGGCCAGUGGGCUGCCCAUGAAAAGCAAGAAAGCCUCCAGCUUCCACGAGUUUGCCCGCAGUACCAGCGAUGCCUGGGACAUUGGGGAUGAUGAAGAUGAGGACUUCUCCUCCUCCUCCUUGUCCUCUUUGCAAACUCUGAACUCUAAAGUGGCCAAGGCCACGGCAGCACAGGUUCUGGAGAACCACAGCAAGCUGCGGGUGAAGCCCGAGCGGUGCCAGCCUGCCCUCAGUGACCUGCCCACCAGCUGCAAGGUCAUAAAGUCCAGCAGUGAGGCCCAGCUCUCCAGGACCUCUGAGGAGGCCUGUGUGCGGAGCCCCCUGCAGAAGCAGCAGUCCCUCCCCCUCCGACCUGUCAUUCCCCUUGUGGCCCGAAUCUCUGACCAAAAUGCCUCCGGGGCUCCCCCCAUGACCGUGAGGGAGAAAACGCGUCUGGAGAAGUUCCGGCAGCUCCUUUCCAGCCACAACACCGACCUGGAUGAGCUGAGAAAAUGCAGCUGGCCUGGUGUGCCCAGAGAGGUCCGGCCUGUGACUUGGAGACUGCUGUCAGGCUAUCUCCCUGCCAACUCGGAGCGCCGGAAGCUGACCCUGCAGCGGAAAAGGGAGGAGUACUUUGGCUUCAUCCAGCAGUACUACGACUCCCGGAAUGAGGAGCACCACCAGGACACCUACAGACAAAUCCACAUUGACAUUCCAAGGACCAACCCACUCAUUCCCCUCUUCCAGCAGCCUCUUGUUCAGGAGAUUUUUGAGAGAAUCCUGUUUAUCUGGGCCAUUCGCCACCCAGCCAGCGGCUAUGUGCAGGGCAUCAAUGACCUGGUCACUCCGUUCUUUGUUGUAUUCCUCUCUGAGCAUGUUGAGGAGGAUGUGGAAAACUUUGACGUGACAAACCUGUCCCAGGAUGUUUUACGGAGCAUCGAAGCCGACAGCUUUUGGUGCAUGAGCAAGCUGCUGGAUGGGAUACAGGACAAUUACACCUUUGCACAGCCAGGGAUCCAGAAGAAAGUGAAAGCCCUGGAGGAGCUGGUCAGCCGCAUCGAUGAGCAGGUACAUAAUCACUUUAGGAAGUACGAGGUCGAGUACCUGCAGUUUGCCUUUCGCUGGAUGAACAACCUGCUCAUGAGGGAGCUGCCCCUUCGCUGCACCAUCCGCCUCUGGGACACCUACCAGUCAGAGCCAGAAGGAUUCUCCCAUUUCCACCUGUACGUCUGCGCUGCCUUCUUGAUCAAGUGGCGGAAGGAGAUCCUGGAUGAGGAAGAUUUCCAAGGCCUUUUGAUGUUGCUACAAAACCUGCCCACGAUACACUGGGGUAAUGAAGAGAUUGGGCUGCUGCUGGCUGAAGCUUACAGACUCAAGUACAUGUUUGCAGAUGCCCCAAACCAUUACCGCCGAUAGGUGCCCAGACUGGCUCCUCUCUCCCAUGCCCGCCCCUCGUCCUGGCCCGAUCUGAUCACUGUGGCAUUUUUGUCAUCCCAGGUCCACGGACAUCCCAGCCAGGAGCUGCUCCUUGCUGUACAAAGCUCACCUGAACUCUUGUCUUAACUCUGAACGUGUGCCUGUCUGCCACUCCAUGCGCCUGGAUGUGCCAUUUUGACAACUCAGUAUUUCAUUCCAUGCUGGUGGCUCAUGUGAGGAAGGGAGGCUUCAAGGGGCUGAGGGAGAACGUGGGGGAAGGUUUACAGAUAAACUGAGCCGGAGACAAAGCCCUCCUGUCCUCUCCACUCCCUGUCCUGCGCUUGUCUGGCUGGGACCACUUUGGCUUUGCUGCCUCCCGUUGCCCUACACCACAUGCGCUGCCCCAUCUGCUCCCUCCUCUCUUCUGACACUGCUCCAACUCCCAGAUGAAAAUGCCUUAUCAGAGACCUGCCUGGCCACAGAAUCCUUCCCCACGAGGGUGGCAGGGCAAGAAGUUUCUCUCAGGGCCUGCCUUUGCUCCAAGGGUCCAGAGACCCCCCAAGCACUUUGUGGGUUCACAAGAGAGUCCCUCGUGUCUGCCCUCCCUCCUUCUCUCCAUCCUCUUCGCCUACCUCUCCCCCAGGGCAGCAGGGCAGGCACAACAGGGGCCACGACCACUCCAUCCACACACACCUGGAAUGAUGUGUGCCAGCUUGGUGGAACUUUUGGUGACUGAUGUUGAGUACAGCCCCAUCCAGCAUGUGGGGAAGGCACGGAGGGGGUGCUGGUAGGGGAGCAACAUCUCUCAAAAAUCUCCUGACAACAUCCCUACUCCUCUGAGGCAUUCUGUGUAUAUUGUGUUCUUGUGUAUAUGGGUCAAAGAUGUACAAUAUAUGUCUUCUCUUUGUA